AUGAAGGUGUCCGGGAAUGAGUCCCUCCCUUGUGACAUAAGUUUGCUCUCGACGAGAGACCCCACCGAGGUGGCAGAGCUGCAGACAACCAAUUUGUGUGGGGAAGGAGACCCAGAUGAAAAAUCCCGUGCCCAUGAUGACAAGAAGUACGAGGUUGCAAGGUUCAUGGAGAAAGUGGGGGAAAACAGAGUCCAGUUCAAACCCGGACAGCAUAGUGAUGAGUGGCGGGCAACUUGGGUGACCCUGGCGAUGGAUUAUUUGUAUCAACACCUUAUUGUCCAGGUUAAAAACGACCGUGACCUAACAUGGUGGACGAGAGUAAAACUCAUCCCCGUCAUCUGUGGAAAGCUCCAACGAUUUCAAAAUCAUUCGCGAAGCCCUCGAGUCCACAUACCAAUGGCUAAAAUAUCCAACAUCAAAGUCAAAGACCUCCUCUUAAACAACCAGUGA